AUGACUAAUACUUGCCUAAAAAUUCACAUAAGAUUUAAAUCAUCAACAAUCUUAGGCGAAACUUGUGUAUCACCAUUUGACUGCCACAAAGUCAAUUUUGCGACGUGUUCAAAAAAUAAAACAUGCGAGUGUGUUGAAAAUUUUGUCGCAGAUGGUAAUUCAAAAUGCUUAUCGCCGGUCAAUGAUGAUUGCAUGAAUGACGAUGAUUGCCUAGGUGAUUUAUCGUGUAUUAAUUCUCAAUGCAAAUGUCAAAUAAAUUUUCAAUUAACAUUCGAUAAUCAAUGUAAACAAAAUGUUCUCAAGCUUUUCUGUCAAUCGGAUAGAGAUUGUGAUGAGGUGCGUCACGCAAAAUGCUCGAGCAGUAACAAAUGCGUAUGUCGACCGAGAAAUACCCUAGUAAAUUCCACAAUCUGUAUGCCAAUGAUCGGCGCAUUCUGUUGGAAAGACGAACCUUGUGCUAUCGACAAUUCUGCUUGCAUCAAUAGUACUUGUCAAUGCAAACCAGAAUUUAAGUAUUUUUCCGAAAACGAUGUUUGUUUGAACGAAUAUGUAGGGAUGUCUUGUAAAGACCAUCAAAACUGCAAAAGUCUACGUAAUACCGAGUGUUCAUCAUUUCAUAAGUGUGUUUGUCUAUUAACAACAAAGAAAGUCAAUGCUACAACAUGUCUGUCAAGAUUGAAUAGUUAUUGCGAGCAUGAUGAGGACUGUGUCGAUCCUCAUUCAACUUGCAUUGCUAAUAAAUGUCAAUGCAGGCCAAAUUAUAUUACUAUCGACAAUGAUAAAUGUGAAUUAAUUACACUAGGGAAAAAAUGUAAAGGCGAUUCAGACUGUCAAAACUUAUUUAGUGAUGAAUGUUCCGCAGAUGAAAUUUGUGUUUGUAAACUACAUCAUGUUGCCAUAAAUGAGUCGGUUUGUCAACCAGUACUGAACGGAAUUUGUUUUAGUUCGGAAGACUGUCAAGUAAAAAAUUCUAAAUGUCAUUUUAGCUAUUGUCAAUGCAAAUCAGGGUUUGUACCCUUUUCACAGAAUUUAUGCUUAAAAGAGGAAUUGCUUGAUUCAUGCGGACCAGAUGAAGGUUGUGAAUCUUCAGGCAAAAAACAAUGCUCCAAAAGUGGAAAAUGCAUUUGCACAAAUAAGUCUCUCACUCAAAAUCCAUCAAUAAAAUUUGACUGUACACCAUUAAUAGGCGGAUUUUGUAAUGACUCAAGUGAAUGCGAAAUCGACAAUUCUAUAUCAAUGUUGGGCGAAACUUGUAUAUCACCAUUUGACUGCUACAAAGUCAAUUUUGUGACGUGUUCAGAAAAUAAAACAUGCGAGUGUGCUGAAAAUUUUGUCGCAGAUGGUAAUUCAAAAUGCUUAUUUCUGGUCAAUGAUGGUUGCAUGAAUGACGAUGAUUGCCUAGGUGAUCUAUCGUGUAUUGAUUCUCAAUGCAAAUGUCAAGUAAAUUUUCAAUUAACAGUCGAUAAUCAAUGUAAGAAAAAUAUUUUCGAGCAUUUCUGUCAAUCGGAUAAAGAUUGUGAUGAGGUGCGUCAUGCAAAAUGCUCAAGCAUUAACAAAUGCGUAUGUCGACCGAGAAAUACCCUAGUAAAUUCCACAAUCUGUAUGCCAAUGAUCGGCGCAUUCUGUUGGAAAGACGAACCUUGUGCUACCGACAAUUCUGCUUGCAUCAAUAGUACUUGUCAAUGCAAACCAGGAUUUAAGUAUUUUUCCAAAAACGAUGUUUGUUCGAACGAAUAUUUAGGGAUGUCUUGUAAAGACCAUCAAGACUGCAGUAGUUUACGUUAUACCGAGUGUUCAUCAUUUCAUAAGUGUGUUUGUCUAUCAACAACAAAGAAAGUCAAUGCUACAACAUGUCUAUCGAGACUGAAUAACUAUUGCGAGCAUAAUGAGGACUGUGCCGAUCCUCAUUCAUUUUGCAUUGCUAAUAGAUGUCAAUGCAGGUCGAAUUAUAUCAGUAUCAAUGAUUUCAAAUGUGAAUUAACGUACAUAGGAAAACCUUGUGAAUCCAACAGUGAUUGCGAAAAAAUAGAAAGUGGAGAAUGUUCGAACGACAAACGUUGUACUUGCAACGAAAACUCAAUAAUGUUGGAUGAAUUUUCCUGCGGUCCUAUAUUGAGUGGAGCAUGUUCUGAUUACAUGGAAUGUUUACCAGAAAAUUUGAGGUGUGUUCACAAUAUAUGCAGAUGUAAGCCCGGAUUUUUUGCCAGCAGUAGCUUCAAUUGUAGUUUAGCCGUAACCAAAUUGGGAAUGGCUUGUGAGUCGAAAGCUGGUUGCAAGAAUCUCUACAAUUCAGACUGCAUUGGAGGUCAAUGUGUUUGUCAAUCAAAUACUCUUGCUGUUUAUCAAACUGCAUGCUUAUCGCUGAUUAAUGGAAGUUGUCGAAGUCACGAAGAUUGUCUAGAUGCCAAUUCAGUCUGUAUUUUUAAUCGUUGUGAAUGUAAACUUCAAUAUGUACCAGUUUCAAGCAGCCAAUGUAUCUUAGAAAACUCAGCUGUUAAUUGCAGAAACAAUGCGGAUUGUAGCGAUCAAAUGCGUAGAGAAUGCAGCACUAAUAAUAAGUGCGUUUGUAAAUCUAAUUCAAUUGCACUAGGGGCUUAUAGAUGGCUGUUGGGAGAUGCCUACGAAUCAUCUUUUGACUGUCAUAAUGUAGUCUUUACAAUGCGUACAAAAGAAAAUAAGUGCAAGUGUCAAUCACAUUUCAUCGCAGUUAACAAUUCAAAGUGUAUAUCACCAUUGAACGAAUUUUGUCUGAACGAUAGUGAUUGUUUAACUGACAAUUCUACGUGCAACAACUCUCAAUGUAAAUGCAAAUUCGAUUUUCGACCAACAUUAUCUAACAAAUGUGAACCAAAGAAGUUGUUGAAAUUUUGUAGAAAAAAUGAGGACUGUGCUGAUAUAAUCCAUGAAAAAUGUUCUAUAGACAACGAAUGUGUGUGUAGGCCAAAUAAUGUUGCAGUAAAUGGUUCAGCUUGCUUACCAGCAAUGAAUUCAUUCUGUUGGAACAAUGAACCAUGCGCAGUUGAAAACUCUGAUUGCAUUGAUAGUGAAUGUAAAUGUAGACUUGGAUUCAAAAAUAUCCAUGAUAAACUUUGUAUCAAGACAUACUUGGAAAUGCCGUGUGAACAUGACAUAGAUUGCGCUGACAUAAAAAAUUCGGAAUGUUAUACACUGUAAAAAAUUU